AUGGCGGAUAAGAUUCCUACGCUCACCGAGUCCGGCCUACUCAACGGCGGCAAGCGCUCCGUCAUUGACUCGGAGCUGGGUCCGGGAUCCACCACCUUCCCUCACUUUCACACGCUCUUCACCGAGAACUUCAAACUCCUCUCCGGCGAAAUGACCGUCAUCAUGGCACCGGAGGGAGUCAAGGACGCCGCAGCCAUGAAGGAGAUCCCAAUGAAAAUCGGAGAGGACAACACUGUCCCGAAACAUACAGCACACACGUUUCGGGCCGGUGAGCAGGGCUGCCGGGUGAUAACUACCUUUGAACCGGCUGCGGUAGAUUUCGAGCGAGUUAUGCUUAUUAUGCACGGUCUGCAGGAGGACGCGGAGUACAAGUCUUGGGGCGGGGGAGCCACGGAGGAGAACGCCAUGUUAGUCUCUGUUCUCAGCGAAUUGACUGAUUCGCAUCCACUCCUGGAUAAAGACAGUGAGAUGCUAGAUAAGCAAGACAAAGAGGCACACAAUAAGUUCAAGAGCGAGCUUAUCAAUAAAUACGCUACUGAUGAUAUGCUCAAGGCGGCGGUUGCGAAGCAUGCAGCGGCAUCUGCUUAA